AUGCCGACCCCGAGUGACAACACACCAAGCCUGAAUGCCACAUCGAUCGCUGAAGAAAUAUCCACUCGGACAACAUGUCCGCCUGAAAUAGAGAGGCUGUCUUCCUGGCGAGACUCACCUGAAUCUACCGUGGCGGAGAGCGAUGCUCCCGAUAACGCCCUCUCCCCCACCAUUGCAUCGGCGCAGUCCGUGCUGACUCGGUCGGAUGAUGCUAUAACUCGUACCAACCCAGAUGCAUUAAAAGCCAGUGCUGUACCUGGUGCUUCUGCCAAGAGUAUGGAAAAAUCCGACGAAGAUGCUGCUGCGGGAAGAUUGAGUCCUGCUGGGGAAUCGCCACGCUCCUCCAACCAGUCGUCUUCUGUUACUACACCUUCCACUAGUGCGCUUUUGAGUUAUGAAUUCUCAAAUAUACGGGUAUGCGACAGUCGGAAUUAA